UGUACCGUCAACUUGUUCUCUCAAACCGGGGCGACCUUUCCUUUGCCAGAGGCUAAAGAUAAGCAGACAAGAAUACACAGAGGAAAAGAACACAGCCAAGAUUCAGCGGAUAGGGAGGGAGCAGGAUGGCUAAGUCUGAGAAAAUCCCUGUACCAGCCCCAAGACGAAUCUUCCAAGCGAGACAGACGAUUACUGCUCUGCCCCUGUACUUUGAAGGGUUUCUAUCUGUCAGACGGGCACGGAACCAGGAUUUUGAACAGUACUGGACAGAACUCAGAGGGAUUACACUUUUCUUUUAUAGUGAUAAGAAAACCCCAACCUAUUUAGAGAAACUAGAGCUGACGAAUUUGACAUCAGUAGUGAACGUUUAUCCAGAUGAAAAGUGCGGUGCACAGUUCAUCCUGAUGCUGAGAAAUGAGGAAGUGGAGCUGAAGGUCGAGGACUAUGACAGUGGGGAGGAAUGGAAAGGCUUUAUCUUCACAGUCACACAGUUGUCAGUUCCAGCGUGUAUAUCACUGCUACCUGGACAACUUAUUAAGCUGCAUGACGUGCUAGAGAAAGAAAAGAAAAGGAGGACUGCAAUGGAACAGUCACCCAGUGCAUCUUUGAGCACGGAGCAGACAAACAAGGGAGACUACGUUAACAAAAUGAACACUAUGCCAGAGUGCUUCUAUGCAGUGUCACGGCAAAAAGCGAUUGAGAUGUUAGAGACGAAUCCUUCUUGGGGGAACUUGAUCCUGCGGCCUGGUAGUGACAAUAAGAACUACUCAGUCACUAUCAGACAGGUGAUAGAUGGGCCAUGCAUAAAGCACUACAGAGUGGUGAACAUGGGCAAAGGUUACACAGUUGAACUGGCAAGACCAGUUAUGCUCCUGAGCCUUCAUGAUGUCAUUGAUUACUUUGUGAAUCAAACUCAAGGGAGCUUGAAGCCAUUUGUCACACACACGUAUGACAACAAAUCGGCUGGACUUCCUUUAGAGCAUGCUCCAAGAGAGAUGCACCCGGCGAUUGUCCCUCAUCCCGGAGCCAAGCCUCUCAGGAGCCCUAUGCCUGAGACAGUAACAGCACCGCUUCAGGAGAAUCCUGUAGCCAGAUACAUGUAUGAAACUCUUUGCAAAGAGCUGAAAGAAAGAGCGAAGAGACAAGAGGCUGACAGACAAAGUGCAAAUCAACCCCUUUGAAGUGAAGACUGUAGGAGGGACAGACGUUUUCUUGGGGAAAAAAGUCACAUUCUAAACCAGGAAAUCCCAGUGGGGCCUAAAUUUAGUAGUACAGUCUCAUCUUGUAUCAACAAAUCUCAGAAGCUGGUGGAAUAAAUUACGGGACAUGAAAUUGGAUGUCUGUUUCCUAAGGCUUCCAGUUUGUACAAAACAAAGUCCAUCUCCAUGGCUUUAAGCACAUUUGUCUCAGCAGCCUUAUGAGAUUUUCUGGGACACAAUAGAACGGUCCCACCCCCCAUCUGACAGCCUCUGCGCUGUUGAGGAGGAUGAAAGUCUCAGGGAAGGGGAACAUUCAACUGGAGCAGAGGGAAACGAUCCCAUAGUUGGGAUCACUGUUCCCUCUAGGCUGUGUGCGCACACAGAUCCUAAACCCUGCGCACACGGCGAAAUACUACGCGCACAAAAAUUUGCACAGAAGAAAGUUUUUGCACACACGACCUGUCAAAAAUUAAAGGGAACAUUGGUUGGGACCCUCCUUCUAGAUGAUGUUGUGGUAUCCUCUCGAACUGAGGAUACCUCUCCAGGGGAAGGAACCCCAGUUAUUAGGAAGAGACAGGUAAUAGUUAUGGGGGAUUCAAUCAUUAGAAACAUAGAUCGCUGGAUUUGCAAUGACCGCGAAAACCGCAUGGUGACUUGCCUGACUGGUGUGAAGGUUGAGACAUCGAGAUAGACUUAUGUGUAGUGCUGGGGAGGAGCUGGUGGUUGUGGUACAUGUAGGUACUAAUGACAUAGGGAAGGAUAGGUGAGAGGUCCUGGAGGCCAAAUUUAGGCUGCUAGGUAAGUCACUGGGGCGGGGGGAGGAGGGGCGGUCGCCAAAUUAAAUUAAUAGGCAGAUUUAAAACAAACAAAAGGAAGUAUUUUUUCACACAACACAGUCAACCUGUGGAACUCUUUGCCAGAGGAUGUUGUGAAGGCCAAAACUGUAACAGGGUUCAAAAAAGAACUAGAUAAAUUAAUGGAGGAUAGGUCCAUUGAUGGCUAUUAGCUAGGAUGGGCAGGGAUGGUGUCCCUAACCUUUGUUUGCCAGAAGCUGGGAAUAAGUGUCAGGGGAUGGAUCACUUGAUGAUGACCUGUUCUGUUCAUUCCCUCUGGGGCACCUGGCAUUGGCCACUGUCAGAAGACAGGCUACUGGGCUAGAUGGACCUUUAGUCUGACCCAGUUUGGCC